UAUGCCGGUUUCACCUCCAUCUCCUGUAAUAUGGUGAUUGUCCAGAUACCCAAAUAGCAUAUAUAGUGCGGCUUCACGGGAGUACAAUUUAGCUCAUUAUCAUGAUCGAGUCUCUCAGUUUAUUUUGCAUUUUCAUCAUUCGGCAUGCUGGAAAAGUCGUUCCUUUUAAUAUAUACGUGUCCCUUAAAUUCAAAGAAUGGAGGGUACGAUACGGUCUGAUUUAAUUUUGCUCUGAAAUAUUUUGGUGAAGAGAACUGAAACUGAAUGGAAAAAGAAACACAUAAGGAUAAAAGAUGGUUCUGGCGAGGGGUGGUCAUUUUUUCUUUUGUGGCUUUCGUUCUUGCUGCAGUUUUAUUCAGUUUCCGCAAAUAUUUUCAUCCUUCUGAUUCUUCAAAGGCUGUUACCCACCAAGUUGUUGAUAAAUAUGCAAAUGCUCUUAGCAUUGCUAUGCAAUUCUUCGACAUUCAGAAGUCUGGAAAAUUGGUGAAUAAUAAGAUUGCUUGGAGAGGAGAUUCAGCUAUGGGAGAUGGAAGCGAAGUGAAUUUGGAUUUAACUAAAGGAAUGUAUGAUGCUGGAGACCAUGUGAAGUUUGGAUUUCCAAUGGCAUUCACUGCAACUGUUUUAUCAUGGUCCAUUUUGGAGUAUGGCAACAACAUGAAGUUGGUGAAUGAGCUGGAAAAUGCCCAAGAAUCCCUCAAGUGGAUCACUGAUUUCCUUAUUAAUGCACAUCCUUCUGAUAAUGUCCUCUAUAUUCAGGUGGGUGACCCAAAGCUGGAUCACACGUGCUGGGAAAGGCCUGAGGUCAUGACAGGGAAAAGGCCUCUCACACAAGUGAACGCGACGUAUCCAGGGACAGAUGUUGCAGCAGAAACUGCCGCAGCAAUGGCAGCUGCAUCUUUGGUGUUCAAGUCAAUUGACUCUGUCUACUCAGAGAAUCUUCUUAAGCAUGCCCAACAGUUAUUCAAGUUUGCUGAUACUUAUAGAGGUUUGUACAGUAUCAGCAUACCUGAAGUGCAGGAAUUUUAUAAUUCUACUGCAUUUGGGGAUGAACUCUUGUGGGCAGCUUCCUGGCUUUAUCAUGCUACCGGAGACAAAUCUUACCUUAGCUAUGUAGCUACAAAUGGCGACACGUUUGCUAAUUGGGGAAAUCCAUGUUGGUUUUCUUGGGAAAAUAAGUUGGCUGGAGUUCAGGUCCUAUUAUCAAGGGUCAAUUUAUUUGGUUCAAAGGAAGAUAUUUCAACUGAGGAAAGUCUUUCACUCCAGUUGUACAGACAGACUGCUGAGACCUUUUUGUGUGGACUUCUACCUGAAUCCCCAACGGCAACAUCUCAAAGAACACCAGAUGGCCUCGUAUGGGUUAACCAGUGGAAUCCAUUGCAGUAUUCUGUGGCCUCUUCAUUUUUGGCAGUUGUUUACAGUGAUUACAUGCUUAGCUCCCAAACACCAAAUUUAUAUUGCAUCGGGGAGCUAUAUGAACCAACAGAAUUGCGCAACUUUGCAGUUUUACAGGCAUGUAUUUGCUUAUUUCAAAGUUCAAUUUUCGUGAUAUUAAAUGGCACGGCCAGUUGAACAUGUCAUUGUUUCAGAUGCAUUAUAUGUCAAGUACAUUAAACAUCUGUCUUUAUUUGUUUCCAGUUGGACUAUAUAUUGGGAAACAAUCCGAUGGAAAUGAGCUACCUUGUUGGUUAUGGAAGUAGAUAUCCUCAGCAAGUUCACCACAGGGGUGCUUCAAUUCCAGUAGAUGUUAAUUCUAAUUGCAGUGAUGGCUUCAAAUGGCUGCAUACAAGAGAACCUAAUCCAAAUGUUGCAGUGGGAGCUCUUGUUGGAGGACCAUCCCUCAGUGAUACAUAUAUGGACUCUCGGAACAACAUUUCCCAAAGUGAAACCACCACUUACAACACUGCCCUUAUUGUUGGACUCAUCUCAGGCCUGAUCACCUCUUCAUCACUAGUAGAGUCUUUUGUGAGAAACUGAAACAUAAACUCCAGACACUGUGUUUUCCUUGUUAGGUCAGUGAAAACCGCACAUGGUUCACCAUACAAGUAAUAACGCUAUAACUUAAGCGCAAACACAACUGCCGCCAGCUCCAAACGCCCUGCCUUAACCUGUCCUUACUGUGAUUCUUCACCUAGUCUAUCCUCUAUUCAGGCAGAUAUGUCCCUAUGAACGACUACUGUGACAAAUGAAAGGAGUUGCCAAAAUGUAAAUUUGUAGUAAUAUUUUUCAACCAUAGAAUGACAGUCAGGUCCUUCCCCGGAUCCCCGCAUUGCGAAAGCUUAAU